AAAACGACAACGAAUUUCCAUCGACGAGCACUCGAACGCCAGACUAACGAUGCGCGACGAGUGUUCAUUAGUUAUUCCCGGGUCGCAACGCGGCUGUGCUUCGUUUUUUCUUCGAGCAACGAUCCUUUCGAUAAGUUUUUUCAAAAUUUCUUCUACCCCGAGAAACGUCCCUCGACACGCAGAUGGUUAGAAGAGAGUGCCAGUUCAGACAGUGCGAGCUGGGAUCAUCGGGAGAGCAACGGACGAUUUCCGGUUUACAAGUGGUCCGAGAUUUGUAUCAUCAUUGGAACGUUUCGGGGGCUAAUGUGGGUCUAAUCGUGGGAACCGGUUUAUCGUUGGAAAUUAGGUCACGUGCCUCGUAUGGAAAGUCAACGUUGAAUCGUGUGGGUGUCAUGCACGAAUACCCCGCUGAUCCAAACACUCGCGACACGCAUGAAUUACGACAGGAAAGCCCGCCUUCCGGAAUUCCAACACGGCGAAACGGCAACCUCACCUUCUCCAUCUGUCACGUGUACCGUAAUGUUCAAAACUCUUACGACACUUGUUAAAUUUAAUUAAACGUCAGCUGUUCGUUCAA